AUGGUCCAACUCGUCGAGGUCGAGGACGAGCACUUCCAGCAGCGCCAGGCUGGUGCUGAUGAGGACGAGGGCGACUACACUGAUACUGACUCCGAGAUCUCCAACGAGUCCGACUACGACCCGUCGCACGAGACGCUCGCGGAGCGCCUGUACGCCCUGCGCGACAUUGUGCCGCCGACGGCGCGCGGCUGGAUCUGGGGCAAGGUGCAGACGACGCAGCGGAUCGUCAAGACGGUGGCGCUGUUCGCGGGCCGCUCGCUGUGGACGGUCAGCGUGAGCGCGCUGCUGAUCGGCGUGCCGUGGGCGUUGGCCUGGGCCGAGGAGCAGAACAUGAUCGCCAUGGAGCAGGAGGUGCGCAUGCGCGAGAUGGGCGGCGAUGUCUUGACGGGCGGCGGCGGCGGCGGGCGCGAGGGCGAGCCGGCGACCGCCGAGAGGGUCGGCCAGGCGCUGGGUCGCGAGGGCGGCGCUGCGGCGGCGAGGCCGGCUCUGUAG